AUGGAGGCAAUAUUUGCCUUCGUCUCGCAAUUCUGCAAUUUCCUUGUCGAUAUUAUCUUGUCAGCGCCAUCCGACCAAUCUCUGUCGGCAGUUUCUUGCGCAUCCCAUUGUAAAUACAGCGCACACACCCCCUGGAGCCCCGCUCGACUCUCGCACACCCUUCCAUCCGGCCUCUGUUUGUUCCCAGACCUCCUCACACACACACGCCACCCCGGCAAGGACGCACGCACACACACCACAGGGCACACACCACACACCUCGGCCACUACCUCGCUUGCUCUCUUCUACUUCUGCUUCUUCCCUGCUCACUCUCUCACACUCAACUUUUCUCUCUUGCUCCCUCUCGACCUUUGCACACAGCCUGCUUUGUCUCUCCAUAUUACCCUUGCGAGCCCCCUCGAUCGUCGAGCCUGGGCCUCGCCUUGCUUUCUGUUCUUGCCCGUUGCUUGCCCGUUUGCCCGCUCGCUCACUCGCUCACUCGCUCACUCGCAUCUCUUUCGUUCACGCCAGCCCUCGUUCUCUCACCUAAGCAGCCUCGCCAUUGCGCUUUCAACUGUUCGCUCUACUCUGCGCCUCUCUUCUCUGUUCCUACCGGGAAUUGCGCCGGACUCAUUAUCGGCGACUCUUUCGCAACCUCUUUGUGUGCCAACUUCGCAUCACGACCUACCCGACCUCGUUCCGCCGCCAUCUACAGCUCAGCCCAUCGCUUGUACCAACCAAUACUCAACCAUCAAUGCCGAGGUGACUGUAUUCGAAGCCGCAAUGGAUCAGUCGCACAAUCACCAGCUCCACGGGCACUCCUCCCCACCACUGCCAGGGCAGCAACAGCAACAGCACGACUCUCAGCUCGACCCGCGCGCCCAGGACGUUCUCGCUGAAGCUCGAAAGAACCUCCAGGUUCUCAUCGACUCGGGUAUUUCCAAGGACCUGCUUCACCAGUGGGUCGAAGACAGCCCUCCUCUACAACUUAGCUUUCCUAUCCAAACCACGCUCGCCGCCACUCAGCAGCCGAACGUCCUUCAAGUUCCUCCUCAACCUCAGGGGCCCCCGCCGCCGCCGCCUUCGCGCUCGCCGUCUACUCUUCCUUCGCAUAGCUCCUUUUCCUCGAAUACCAGCGCGUCUUCUCCCUCGACGGCCUCAUCGACGCCCACCCCCACCGGCGGUGUCCACACUGAGAUCAAGACUGAACCCAGACACGACACAGCGACUCCGACAUGGAAUCCCGCCAUCCAUGGCUCUUCUGCCGCAGGCCAGUACAUGACCAUCCCGGAGCAACCCGAUACCAACGUCUUCCUGCCGCCCUCGUACCCCUACGCACACCGCACUAGGAUAUCCGUUUCAUCCACUAGCUCUGGUUCCUCCGGCCACGCUUCGCUCUGGUCUGUUAAUUCAGCACGCUCCUCCAUGUCCUGGCAGUCCGGUACCAGCAACCGCUCCAUGGCCCCCCCUCUCACCUCGGCCAGCGGCGCUCCAGUCAUCAAUGGCUCUCAAGUGACGCCCUCGAGCGGUAACAAGCAAAACGUGUACUGGUGUACCUCGUGCGAGACCAGCUUCAAGCGCAAAUAUGACUGGAAGCGACAUGAAGAUGAAUUCCAUGAGCGCUGGCGCAAGUAUCCUUGCCCAGAGCCAGGCUGCAACCGCAGCUUCUGGGGCUCCAACUCGUUCAACCAACACCACAAGCAGUGUCACGGAUGUAAAACGUGCCCUCAUGCCGAAAAAGUGGUCAAGUUUCUGCGAAAGCGCAAGUACUGGGCCUGCGGCUUUUGCUCCGCUCUUCACCCUGCCCGCGAGCGUCACGUCGAACACGUUGCCCGACACUUCGAAUCCGGUCUCGGCAAAAACGACUGGAUGCACUCGCGCGUUGUCUACGGCCUUCUUCAUCAACCACUAAUCCACACCGCCUGGGACACGUUAGUUGCGGAGAAGCACACCUCUUAUGGCGGCAGGCGCCCGCAGUUCAGUUGGCACCCCAGCAAGACUGGCCGAGCCCAGGGCUUCCUAGAGAAAGAGAGCCCAGGGCAGUUGCAAGAUUUGCUAGAGUUCUUCUCCGGCGAUGAGGUCGAGGCUCAGUGGAUCGUAUCGGUCGCGUACGACCUAGCAGAUGUUGUCAUGACCAACAACGGGAAUCUGCAGUCUCCCAAUCCUCCACCGUCUCAGCAGGUGACUGGGUCUCAGCAACAACAGCAGUUUUCCCAAGACAGCUCCUUUGGCCAGAUGCGACCACCGUCACUGCUUCCGUCUAGCACCACCAGUGAUCAAGCUUCAUUUGGCACGCCCCAGUUCCGAACACCAACCGUGUUUCCUGCCACACAACAAUUCCAGAUUCCUCGUCAAUCACCAGACUCGUCGUCUAACUCGCCUCUCACCAUGUCUCCUCCCGUACUCACGUCGCAAACCAACAACUACGAGAAGCGCGAGCUUCCUCCGCCACCGCCACCACCCGGCAACGGCGAUGUCAUGAUGGACUUUGAGUACUCCCCCGCCCCAGGUGGCUUCGGUGACUGGGCCUCGAUGACCAACUCCAUGCUCGCAAGCACACCCUCACAGUCGGGACAAACCCCUACACCACAAGCUGGUGACUGGGGCAUGAUGGGCUACUUUCCCGAUCCCCGCGUCACAUCUGCUUAA